AUGGGCUCCCUCGCAAUCGCCGAUGACCUUGUUCCCGCAGAGAACUCGCUCUUUUAUCAGAGCGUUUACCCUUCCUCAGCUCCUACAGUUGAAUAUGCCGAUGGACUCUACUUCACCCUGAAGAAUGGCCAAAAGAUUCUCGACUCCACUGGUGGAGCAGCAGUCUCUGCCAUCGGUCAUGGCAACGAGCGAGUCAAGAGCGCCAUCAUCAAGCAGCUCAACAAGUUCACUUAUGCUCACCCAGGCUACUUCCAGAAUGAUCCUUCUCAUGAGCUUGCCGAUAUUCUGGUUAAGUCGACCAAUGGCUCCGAGGCGGUCGAGGGAGCUUUGAAGCUUGCUCGGCAAUACUUCCUUGAGAAAGAUCCCAAAGCUCCUCGUACCAAAUUCAUCGCCAGGGAGAGCUCCUGGCACGGCUGUACUCUGGGCACUUUGGCCGUUGGCGACUUGAAGGCCCGUAAAGAGCCUUUCAUGGACGUCCUGGCUGACAAUGUUUCCCAUGUGUCUCCUUGCCAUCCCUACAGAGAGCUAGAAAGUGCUGAAUCGGUUGAGGAGUAUGUAGAGCGAUUGGCUCUUGAGCUGGAGGGCGAGUUCCAGAGAUUAGGCCCAGACAAUGUGUGCGCCUUCAUUAUCGAACCGAUGGUUGGCACUGCCCUCGGAUGCGUCACAGCUUUGCCCGGAUAUCUGCAGGCUAUGAAAGAUGUUUGUCAUCGUCAUGGUGCUCUCAUCAUCUUUGACGAGGUCAUGUGCGGUCUCGGGCGAACUGGCUACAUGCACGCCUGGCAACAUGACAAUGUCGUUCCUGACAUUCAGGCCGUGGGCAAGGGACUCGCAGCUGGAUAUGGCACAAUCUCUGCCAUUCUCAUUCAUGAACGCGUCAUCGAGGGCCUCAAGCAGGGUAGCGCCUCCUUUCAGCACGGACAAACGUACCAAUGUCACCCGCUCAACGUUGUCGCUGCCAUCGAGGUGCAGCGCAUCAUCAAGGAGAAGCACCUUGUUCGCAACGCGCGUAUCAUGGGCAUCCUAUUUGGGCACCUCCUUCGUCAGGCAUUCAAAGACCAUCCCCACGUUGGCGAUGUUCGCGGCCGCGGCAUGUUUUGGUGCAUUGAGUUUGUGGCAGACAAGACUACAAAGGCGCCCCUGGACCCUUCCUUGAAUCUUGCUCGCCGUAUGCGUCUUCGUGGACUUGAGAAGGGCUACGAUGUUUGCCUCUUUUCCUCCACGGGCUGCGCCGAUGGUUGGAACGGAGAUCACUUUCUUCUUGCCCCGCCCUUCACCGUCACCCCCACGGAUGUGGAGGAGAUCGUUUGUCGUGCCAAGCGAGUUGUGGACAGUGUUUUUGACGAGAUGAGAGCAAAAGGGCAGAUUUGA